AAGCUACUGCUGAAAGUUCUAAUAUUAUACAACCUCCCAUUGUCACUAUGGAAGUUGACCAAACAUCUGAUACUACACUUUUACCUCUUGAUAAAGAGAAAACUAAAGAAACUGAUACAGUUACUGAAAUUAUAAUCAAUAAUAAAAAAGAUGAAAUAAAUGUUAACAAUCUUUUUAACGCAUCUGAAAUACUAUUGACAUUACCUCAGUAG